AUGAAUAGUAGUAUCAUACGGCCUUGCAAAGUUCCAAUUCCAAUAGACUGUGAAGACUGAAGAGUGUCCCGGUAAUUAGAUGCCCCCGAUUGAUUGAAAUUUCCUUGUUUGUUUAACUUUAAUGUAGUUGGGGGUUUUCCUAAUUAGGUUUUGUUUUUACAAUUCCAAAACGCUACGUCUCAGAUCAUGUUUCUAUCUACUCAGAGCUGAUCCUAGGGUUUCUUCUGGAACUCCAUCCAACUUCAUAUGGCAGAAGCCUCGAGGUCUCAAGUCACCAUCACCCUUGGCUCUACUGGUCAGGUGGUAAAGAGGGCAGGACCUAUGAUGGAUGGUGCAUUUUUGGAAUCUCCCCCGGCCACUGGAAGUAAGAGGUCUGUGAAGGAUCGAUUAGGGAGUAAUGUGGAUUCUUUGAUGCAUGAAAACCCACUCAACAAUAAACGACAACGAGGAGAUCGUAACAAAUUACAUUUGAGUUCUAAUGGUGUUAAUGCUAAAGGGAAGCGCAUUGGUAAAGAUGAUCUCCGGUUCAAAAUCAUGGAAAAAAGCAUGUCUUUCCGAGCUCAAACCAAUGAUCUGCUGAAUGGCAUGGACCUUCGUGAAAAGCUGUCAAGGACAGUUAAGCAUGCAGAAACUAGUGUUGAUAUGCAGAAGCCCAGACCUGAGACAAAGGAGACUAACCCAUGGGGUCAACUUCCUUCCAGAAGAAGUGCAGAAGAUUCACCACAGAUCAAUUUGCCCAGAAAUUCUUAUUCUGCUUGGUCUUUGGAUCAAUUAAAGCAAAGAUACCCAGAUGGAAUUUUUGGUUCUACUGGGAGUCUCUCCCCACAGAUGAAUGUUCCAAAACUACAGAAAAGGCCAAUAAUCCAGAAAUAUGACGAUGUUAGAUCAGCUCCAUUUAUAAUCAAUAAUAUUCUUGAUCCUCCAAGACGUAUGGGCACUACACCUUUUAUGACAAAAUCUACACUACCGACUGGCCAUGCAAAACCUGUAGCACCAAUGCAAGCCCACCUCCAACCAUCAAGCAACAUUGUACAGAAAAAUUCAUACUUAGGUGAUGAACAGCCUACUGUUGACAGCUUGUUACAUUCUCUGGGUCUGGGAAAAUAUGCCAUUUAUUUUAAGGCCGAGGAAGUGGACAUGGCUGCACUGAAGCAGAUGGGGGAGCAUGACCUUAAAGAGUUGGGAAUUCCAAUGGCAACAUCAAUUGCUAAUUUCCACUUUACCAGAUUCCUCCACUUUCUUGCCUGCCCAUUAAAAUGCAGUGCCAUGUCUUUCUUACCCUUACAAAAGAACAAGUGCCAUUUGUUUGGGGGCUUUUGUUGUUGGAAGUGCAUUGCUUCAUUUGAAGCCUUGAAGCCUGUGAUAUGGCUAUUCAUGCUGCAUUAUGUGAUGAAAAUGUCCCUGACCACUGUGUAAUGAAUAACAAGACUUUUCUUUUUCCAAAUUUAGUCGGAAUAAAGACUGUGUGCCAUGUAAUUUGGUUAUUUUGGAAAUUCAGUUCAUUAUUUUAAUCCUA